AUGCCUCCCGCACUAGGGCGCCCACGCUUAGCCGCCUUCCAGCUUCUUCCCGGCCGGAUGAACGGGACGCUCCGCUCGCAGGGCCAGGGCCGAUGUCGGUCCCCAGUUCCUCGCCGAGCCAGCCUGGCGCAAGCCCUCAAAGUUUGUAGUGAAAAAGCUGAGGCUCAGAAGAGUUGGAUUGAAAGAUGCCUCAGUGAAAGUGAAAACAAACGUUAUUCCAGUCACACAUCUCUGGCAAAUGUUUCUAAUGAUGAAAAUGAGGAGAAAGAGAAUAAUAGAGCAUCCAAACCACACUCUACCCCAGCAACUCUGCAAUGGCUGGAGGAGAAUUAUGAGAUUGCAGAAGGUGUCUGCAUUCCUCGAAGUGCCCUCUACAUGCAUUAUUUGGAUUUCUGUGAGAAAAAUGAUACCCAGCCUGUUAAUGCUGCUAGUUUUGGAAAGAUAAUAAGACAACAGUUUCCACAGUUAACGACACGAAGAUUAGGAACCAGAGGCCAGUCAAAGUACCAUUACUAUGGCAUUGCAGUGAAAGAAAGCUCCCAGUAUUAUGACGUGAUGUAUUCUAAGAAAGGAGCAGCCUGGGUCAAUGAAACAGGAAAAAAAGAAGUAAUCAAACAGACAGUGGCAUAUUCACCACGAUCCAAACUUGGGACGUUGCUGCCAGAAUUUCCAAAUGUCAAAGAUCUAAAUCUGCCAGCCAGCUUGCCAGAAGAGAAGGUAUCUACUUUUAUAAUGAUGUACAGAACACACUGUCAGAGGAUACUUGAUACUGUAAUAAGAGCCAACUUUGAUGAGGUUUGUAGAGAA